AUGAAGCGCCAUAUUACUAACAUAUUCGACGACAAGGAAAAGUCCCCACGUCCACCGACUCCUCCGCUCUACCAAUCGCCCAUAUCCUCGCCGGAACCUUCGCCGAUCCCGAAUGGUUUUCCCAUCUUGUACGUGGAUGUGGUGAAGAAGAACAAGCCAAAUGUGGAGAUACUGCUGCCGCCGCCACCGCCCCAGGUGACUCCACCCCCCGAGUUUAGUAUUUUCCGGGAGGAUUUUCCGGCCCUACCAGGCACCACGAGCCUACCCUCCUCGGUUCCCAACUGGAGCGCCAUGCCCAGAAAUGCAACCCUGAAUGAAGGCGGCAGCGAUGUUUUUAUACCGAAAAGUCGGGGCCUCGAGGAACCCAGGAGCAUCAAGUAUCUGCCCCAAUUCUAUGACUACCUGGCCAACCCAUCCCGCUUCGAUGUGAGCCUGAUCUUUGGCAAACAGUUCCUGCAGGAGGGAGUCCGCCAGAGGGCCCUCAAUAAGGUCCACAAGAUGGGCUCCACACAGAGCAGCGGCGGGGGAUUUCAUCCACCACCUGGUUUCGAGAAUUCCAAGAUCUUUGCCCGCCUAAAUACCAACAAUGCAGGCAUGCCACUGGGCGGAGUCAACUUGGAGGUGGGAUCACCUCUUUACGACCGAGUUUGGAUGAUGAAUGCAAAGUUACCACCCAGCUCCGCCGUCGAGGGUUCCUUUGGGAUGCUGGGACUGGCCAGGAAACUCGGAUCUGUGCAGCGUAAUCCCCUGCAAAUGACUCAGCUCUUCGGCAACCGAUUGCCGCACAAUCUGGUGCCCGGCGAAUCCUUUGCAGGACCCUUUGAGGAGGUCCACCUGAAUCCGCACGAGAUGAGCUGCAAUAUUCCCGUGAACUAUCUUUUGGCUGGCCGCUUGAAUCUGCAGCAUCCGAAAAUGGAGGAGAUGCAGGUGGAGCUGCUGUUCUACUUCUUCUACACCUACACCGGCGACAUGAUGCAGAUGCUCGCGGCGGCGGAACUGGCGGAACGCGGCUGGCGCUAUCACAAGUUCGAGCGCUUCUGGAUCAAGCGGCAGGCGGACAACCCGCACUACUCGUACAGGGGCUUCCAGGAGUCCGGCGAGUACAACUACUUCAACAUGUGCCAGUGGAAGAUCCUGCCGCGCCACUUUCAGCUGGAGCCCGAGCAGCUGGAGCGCACGCUGUCCAAGGAGGAGCUGUUCGAGCUGCACGGCUACCAUCCCCAGAUGACGGGCAUGUAA